AUGGACACAGGGACAGAGGAGCCGCCAAACCUGCUUCUCCCUAUGUUCAUCUUGCUGGGCGCGACGCUCCGGCCGGGAGGGGCGGGGCCUGGACGGGUCGGGGGCGGAGUCACCUCUGGGCCCGCCUCCACUAGCUCCUCUGGCCGCCGAGUGCUGGGCACCCGGGCUAUUCUAGGGGCUUCAGGCUACUUGCCCCCCAAAGGCUAUGCCCCUUCGCCCCCACCUCCCUACCCUGUGACUGCUGGAUACCCGGAGCCAGCACUGCAUCCCGGGCCUGGGCCCGGCCAGGUGUCCGGACCCGGGCAGGCCCCAGUGCCCGCCCACGUGCCUGCCCCUGCGGCGGGCUUUGCUCUCUUCCCCUCGCCCGGCCCUGGGGCCCCGGGACCAGCUGCCGCCUUCUUGCCAUUGCCAGGGGUGCCUUCUGGUCUCGAAUUCCUGGUGCAGAUUGAUCAGAUCUUGAUUCACCAGAAGGCUGAGCCGGUGGAAACGCUCUUGGGCUGGGAGACCUGUAACCGCUACGAACUGCGCUCCGGGGCCGGACAACCCCUGGGUCAGGCGGCAGAGGAGAGCAACUGCUGUGCCCGGCUGUGCUGUGGUGCCCGCCGGCCCCUGCGAGUCCGCCUGGUGGACCCCGGGGACAGAGAGGUGCUGCGCCUGCUCCGUCCCCUCCACUGUGGCUGCAGCUGCUGUCCGUGUGGCCUCCAGGAGAUGGAAGUCCAGGCUCCACCGGGCACCACCAUUGGCCACGUUCUACAGACCUGGCAUCCUUUCAUCCCCAAGUUUUCCAUCCAGGACGCUGACCGCCAGACCCUCCUGAGAGUGGUGGGGCCCUGCUGGACAUGCGGCUGUGGCACAGACACCAACUUUGAGGUGAAGACCCCAGACGAAUCCCGCAGUGUGGGCCGCAUCAGCAAGCAGUGGGGGGGCCUGCUCCGAGAAGCCCUUACUGACGUAGACGACUUCGGCCUGCAGUUCCCGCUGGACCUGGAUGUGAGGGUGAAAGCUGUGCUGCUCGGAGCCACGUUCCUCAUUGACUACAUGUUCUUCGAGAAGCGAGGAGGCGCUGGGCCCUCUGCCAUCACCAGUUAG